AGAGAAAAAAUGUGCUCUUAAGCAUUCCAUCAUUUACAUCCCUGCAGCCUCUCUCUGUCCCACCAACCCCUCCUCCUAAAGAGAGAGAGUCAAUACGCAGAGAGGAUUCCAGUCUGCCGGAGCACAGCACUGCUCACUUUCUUGAGAGGAGAGAGGCAGAGAACCACAAGCCUUCUCCUUCUCCUCCUCUUCUGUCCGUGUGAGGCUGGUACACGCCUUGGCUGGUGGACACAGCAGCAGUGUUAGCAUUAGCAGGGAAUCUGUGCUCGAGCUUCCAAAAUGCUCAACAACCUCACCGAAUGUGAAGAGGGUGAUGGGGGACCCAACAGUCAGGGAGAUGCAACAUCCAAGGAGAGCAGCCCCUUUAUCAACAGCAGCACCAGUGACGUGGAGAAAAGCCAGCAGUAUGAUGGGAAACACAUGGCCCUGUUUGAGGAGGAGAUGGACACCAGUCCCAUGGUAUCUUCUCUGCUGAGCAGCCUCGCCAACUACUCCAACCUGACGCAGGGCAGUAAAGAGCAUGAGGAGGCAGAAAACAAUGAGGAGGCGCGCAAGAAGACCGUGCAGGCUCCGCGUAUGGGCACCGUCAUGGGCGUUUACCUGCCGUGUAUGCAGAACAUCCUGGGGGUGAUCCUGUUCCUCAGGAUGACCUGGUUGGUGGGUGCUGGAGGUGUCCUGGGAACCUUCAUCAUCGUCUUCAUGUGCUGCUCCACGACUAUGCUGACUGCUAUCUCAAUGAGUGCUAUUGCCACCAAUGGAGUUGUGCCAGCUGGAGGUUCAUACUACAUGAUCUCUCGUUCACUGGGGCCGGAGUUUGGCGGGGCUGUUGGGAUAUGUUUCUAUCUGGGCACCACUUUUGCAGGAGCCAUGUACAUCCUGGGCUGCAUCGAAAUCCUGCUGAUCUAUAUCGUGCCAGCAGCUGCCGUUUUCAAGAUGGAGGGUCUGGAGGGAGCAGAGGCCGAGGCAGCGCUGCUGAAUAACAUGCGUGUGUAUGGGACCAUCGUGCUCUCCUUCAUGGCUAUAGUUGUCUUUGUCGGUGUGAAGUAUGUCAACAAGCUGGCCCUUGUGUUCCUCGCCUGCGUCAUUCUCUCCAUUCUCGCUGUCUACGCUGGGGUCAUCAAGACUUCUUUUGACCCACCUUUCUUUCCGGUGUGUUUGCUCGGGAACCGAACCCUUGUGUCAAAGGGAAUUGACAUUUGUGCCAAGACCAUAGAGCAGGGCAAUGCCACGGUCACCACCAAGCUUUGGAGAGCCUUCUGUGACUCUGAGUUCCUGAACGCCACCUGCGAUGAGUACUUCACCAACAACAACGUCACGCAGAUCCAGGGAAUCCCUGGAGUCACCAGUGGCAUCCUGGCAGAAAACCUCUUCAGCACCUUUAUGGAGAAAAAUACAAUCCUAGAGAAGCGAGGUGUGCCAGCUGUGCUCGACCCUGAAGCCCCAGUAACUAACUCCAACCGAUACGUCCUGGCUGAUAUCACCAGCUUCUUCACCCUGCUGGUUGGCAUCUACUUCCCCUCCGUCACAGGUAUCAUGGCUGGUUCCAACCGUUCUGGUGACCUGCAGGACGCUCAGAAAUCCAUCCCUGUUGGUACCAUCCUGGCCAUCACAACCACCUCCUUCAUCUACAUGUCUAGUGUGAUUCUGUUCGGAGCCUGUGUGGACGGAGUCGUUUUGAGGGACAAAUUUGGGGAAGGUGUCAACGGUAACUUGGUUAUUGGCACCCUGGCAUGGCCCUCACCCUGGGUCAUUGUGUUUGGCUCGUUCUUCUCCACCUGUGGGGCAGGGCUUCAGAGUUUAACAGGAGCGCCCCGUCUCCUGCAGGCCAUCGCCCGAGACAGCAUCAUUCCUUUCCUCAGGGUGUUUGGUCAUGGCAAAGCUAACGGUGAACCUACAUGGGCUCUUCUCCUGACGGCCUGCAUCUGUGAGAUUGGCAUUCUCAUCGCCUCCCUGGAUGCAGUCGCACCCAUUCUCUCCAUGUUCUUCCUCAUGUGCUACAUGUUUGUAAACCUGGCGUGUGCGCUGCAGACGCUCCUCAGGACCCCGAACUGGAGACCACGCUUUAAGUUCUACCACUGGGCUUUGUCACUCUUGGGCAUGAGUUUGUGUCUCACUCUGAUGUUCCUCUGCUCCUGGUACUACGCCAUUGUUGCCAUGGUAAUCGCCAGCUGCAUCUACAAAUACAUCGAAUUCUGCGGGGCAGAGAAGGAGUGGGGUGAUGGGAUUCGUGGGAUUUCUCUGAGUGCCGCCCGCUAUGCUCUGAUGAGGCUGGAGGAAGGUCCUCCUCACACUAAAAACUGGAGGCCCCAGAUUCUGGUGCUUAUGGGUUUGGAUGGUGAGCAGAGCGUAGAGCAGCCUCGACUGCUGUCUCUGACCAGUCAGCUGAAGGCAGGCAAAGGCUUGACCAUCGUGGGAGCGUGUGUGGAGGGCACCUACUUAAACAACCAGCCACAGGCACAGACAGCAGAUCAAUCGCUCCGGAAGCUGAUGGAGGUUGAGAAGGUGAAGGGAUUCAGUCAGGUAGUGAUCUCUUCUAACCUACGGGACGCUACCUCACACCUGAUCCAGGCCGGAGGUCUCGGUGGUCUCCGUCACAAUACGGUUCUGGUCAGCUUCCCUAAGAACUGGAGACAGGCUGAGGAGCGCCACCGCUGUAGGAACUUCAUUGAGGUUGUUAGGGAGACCACUGCAGCUCACCUGGCCCUGCUGGUGACCAAGAACAUCUCUGCAUAUCCAUCAAACGGAGAGCGUUUCACUGAGGGCCACAUCGACGUGUGGUGGAUUGUCCAUGACGGAGGCUUGCUCAUGCUCCUUCCCUUCCUCCUGCGCCAGCACAAGGUCUGGAGGAAGUGCAAGAUCCGUAUCUUCACUGUGGCUCAGAUGGACGACAACAGCAUUCAGAUGAAGAAAGACCUGAUGACGUUCCUCUAUCAUCUGCGAUUUGAUGCUGAGGUGGAGGUAGUUGAAAUGCACGACAGUGACAUCUCGGCCUACACCUAUGAAAAGACCCUGGUGAUGGAGCAGCGGUCGCAGAUCCUCAAGGAGAUGCAUCUGACCAAGAACGAGCGUGAGAGAGAGAUUCAGAGCAUCACAGACGUGUCCCGUGGCUCAAUACGGCGAAAGAACCCUUCAAACCUGCACCCCCAGAGGAGCAUCGCAGAGGAGUCGGUGGGAGGAAGCGAAGAGAAACCUGAGGAGGAGGUUCAGCUCAUUCAGGGCAAAAAUGCCACCCCCACCCCCACUAGCCCCACCUCCCCAAUUGCUCCCACACCAGCAGCCGUGAGCCCCGGAGAGGAGGUGCAGAUGACCUGGACGGACGAUGUAGAGAAGCCCAAUAACCCAGCUGUGGCCAACCCUGAAAGCAUGAAGGAUAUGUUCAACAUGAAACCGGAAUGGGAGAACCUGAAUCAGUCCAAUGUCAGACGCAUGCACCACGCGCAGGAACUCAAUGGGGUCAUUGUAAAGAAGUCAAAAGAAGCUAAACUAGUCCUGCUGAACAUGCCGGGACCACCUAAGAACCGCAAUGGAGAAGAGAACUACAUGGAGUUCCUCGAGGUUUUGACUGAGGGUCUCAACAGGGUCCUCCUCGUGCGUGGAGGUGGACGUGAGGUCAUCACCAUCUACUCUUGAGGGGCUCAGCUCAACCACCAAAUAUUCCUCACCCCUCGUCCCUCACUGCAUAGACGGAACGUCCCAGUAACCCCGACCUACACCAUGAGCAAUAACGCCCCAGCACAUGACUUUGCACUACAUAGUCUAAAAAGACACCAGCUUAGUAGAUGUCACUUAUUCCACAUGAUUACGUUUAAUCCCUCUCUAUCUUCCUUCUAUUGGUUCAAUUCUCACCUCAGAAACUCAACAGUGUACGUCUCACACAGAUCAGUAAACGACUGAGUUAGUCUUUAUUACUAGAUUCUGACUAAUUUCCAAAAGCCGGUGGCACCUGACCAAAUACUCUGAUCCAUCUACCCUUUAUUUAAUAUUAUAUACUGUAUCAUAACAAAACACUUUUAAGGGACGGUGACACUAGAUUUUUAGCAUGCAAAACAACUUUAUUUUUAAUGGGCACUUCAAAACAGUCAAUAUUAAAUGUUAAAAUGUGGCAUUUAUUCAUUUGUUUAGUGACCAUUGAAAACCAUCCAGCUUUUUUAAAGUUAGUUUUUUAUCUAACCUUGCAUUUCGCCGCCUUUCAAAAGUUUGGGGUCAGUAAGAUUUUAAAAUGUUUUUGAAGUACGUCUUUUAUGCUCAACAAGGCUGCGUUCAUUAGAUUAAAAAACACAGUAGUAUUGCUAUUUAAAAUUACAGUUUUCUGCUUUCAUAUAUUUUAAAAAGUAAUUUAUUCCUGUGAUCAAAGCUGAAUUUUCAGCAUCAUUACUCCAGUCUUCAAUGUCAUAUGAUCCUUCAGAAAUCAUGCUAAUAUGUUGAUCUGCUGCUCAAGAAACAUUUCUUAUUAUUAUCAGUGUUGAAAACUGUUGUACUGCUUAAUAUUUUUUUGUGGAAAUCGUGAUUUAUUUAUUUUUUCAGGAUAAAAACAACUGAAUAUAAAGUUGAAAAAGCAUUAAGUAUAUUUAGUUUAUUUAUUUCAAAUAAAAUUAAUUUAUUUUUAUUUUGUGUAACUAUUUAAAAGUCACUUUUGACGAUUAUAAUGUGUCCUUGCUUAAAAAAAAAAAAGAGAGAGAGAAAAAUCUUACCAAUCCCAAAGCUUUGAAUGAUGAUGAAAAAUCCCCAAACUCAGAGAUUCCUCCAUGUUUAAACAUCAGAAUGAUAUUCAAAUCCACUUCUGGUCAAACAUUUUAUAGCUAUUUGAAUAGGCAGCUCAAAGUCUGCCAAAUUGUCAGUAUGCAGCAAGCAUUGUCUGCAUUCUUCCUGUUUGUUUGCAUAAGAAUGGAAGCAAAUGAAAUCUAGUGUGACCUUCCCUUUAUGCUUUAUAUUUUGUUGCUAUACUGUCUCUCUAUUGUUUCAUUAUUUGUCACAGGGUAAAUUAGAGUGGAAUCUUUCUUUGCUGAAAACAAGUCUUCCAGUGUACCACGAAAAUGUCCGAAGUGUGUUUUUACACCAAGGACAGAACUGACCAGGGUUUAAUGUGAGCCAGGUGUAAGCACUUCUGGAUCAAUGACUAUCAGCUUUGCCCUCAACCAUCUGCAUGUCCUCUGACUACAUCAGCCUUUUACGAGUCGUGAACACAGUACAAUAUGAGAUGGCUGGACCGUGUGUGUGUGUGUGUGUGUGUGUGUGUGCGUGUGAAGGGGGUUGAAGGCUGUGUUCCUUUCACAAAUAUGUUCACUUAAAAUAUCAUCAGCAGACAUGAAUUAUAUUGCUCAAUCACAAACGUGUACAUACUGUGAAGAGUCUGAACAGAACUGCUGUAUAACUGAAAACCCAUAAACAGUUCAAAUAUUCCAUCAAGAUAUAAUCCUGAAUAAUCUCAUUUAAUAGUAGAAUCACAUAUAUAUCAAGACAAUGUAAAUAGAAAAGAAUUGGUAUUUAUAUUUCAAAUAUUUAUUUACAGAGAAAUUAUUUAUUCAUCCAGCAAUUUCUGAUUGAUUGUAAACAUGGAAAAACAUGGUAUUUACAUCUCUUGCCAAAUCCCUAAAUAUAAACCGUGCCAUAUAUGAUGAAAAAAAAAAAGUGAACAAAUAAAACAUUUUCCUAGAAGAAACAGACAGUGCUGGGUCACAACAUUCAAACAUAUCAUGCGUCUGAUAUUGCCAGUUACUUUGUAAAGCAGAUGCUGUUUUAUUCUAACAAAACCAUCCUUUUUCACCAAAUCAGAUUUGUGAACAAAAGCAUAUUUUAACUGCAUAGUAUUUUAGAAUCAUAUCUAAUGUUUGUCAUAAAUGUCUGAAAUUUUCGUUUAUUUUUUACAUUUGUAAAGACGACACGACACAAGCUAUAUUUAAGCAGCAUCUGUGAGCGACUGAUGCCGACUGUUCGACUCGCAAGCACGAAAAUAUUAAUUAGUUCAUGUGUGGUAGAAAUAGAAGAUAUUAAAACAUUUAUCUAAAGAACUAGUUUAUUUAUUUAUUUUGUAAAAUUGCAAAGGAAUAUAUUAAAUGACUUAAUAGACUAGUAAAAUAUCGUCUUGUGUAACUGUGAAAUUAAAAAAAGGAAAUACCUAACUAUGUGUUUUAAAAUUUUAAAUCAAAUUGUGCUGAGUUUGCUGCUACCGUCAUCAAAAUGUAAAUAUAUUGCACUCCCCCAAAACAUAAGACUGAAAACAAAAGAAAAAAAAUGCUAUAUUUAUAGAUUUUAUGCAUUAAAAUUGAAAGUGUGUUACAUUCAGACCCCCAUAAAUUAGGUCAUUUUUCAGGCAAUGUUUUACAGGCUUUCGAGUAUUAUUACUCAGAGACAGGAAGUACUUUACUGGCAAAACCUCUCAGAUAGUUUGUCAAAACGCUACCAUUAGUCUGUCCUAAUACUCAAGCAUACGUCAUUUUACCUCUUACAUUAUCACAUCCACACUUGUAGUAGAAAGCUAGUGUGUAAAGUUAAUAGAAGUGAUAUUUAACUAAAUUGUUUGCGGAAAAAAAAUAAAAUGAUUCGCUAAGUACAUUUUCUUUAUCAGCAUUCUAGUUAUGCUCAGAAUCAAGUGAUCUUUUUUAAUCCGAAACAGGAAAUGCAAAGUGCUACCUAUCAUAAUUCUUCCAAGUUUAUUGCCUUUGAUUCUAGCUAAAAUUACAAUCUUAUCUGAAGGAACUUUUGCAUUGCUGUACGUCUGAAUUUUCAACACAAAAGACGAGUUUGGCUUGUUUGGAGUCCUAUGCAAUUACAGUUUAGUAAGUUCUUUGAGGGUCUAAAACUACUUUCUACUGAAUUGUUUAUAGUGGUACUAUUGAGUAUUAUAGAUAGAAAUCAGAGCUUCCGUAUCUGCCAGGGUGACUUGCAGUUUGAUGAGAACUUUCCACAUUAUUUAAAGUCAUGCAAAGGGAAACAUGCUGGGACAGUGUCACGAUUAAGCCAUAUUGGCUGCGUGCUGUUGGAUACAGAGGUUUCACUCUGCGGAUGAUAAUGGAGAUGUCCCGUUCAUCAUGAAGUACAGUAUAGUAUAUCUGAAUUGAAUUCACAUUGAUGCAAAGGGCUUUUUGAUAUCCUUUUUAUCAGAUUCGUCUUAUCCUUCCCCAAAGCUUAAGGCAUAAAGAAGUUUCAUAAACCUUGUGUUGUAUAGCAUGUCGUUCCUUAUCUUCCCUUGAAAGGGGCAGUAAACUCGAAAGUCACCCCAAAUUGGCCAAAGCAUAACUAGAAAAAAGCACUGUGAAAAUUCAGAGUUGGUUUCUUUCCCACAUAUCUAAAUUCAGUCACUUUUAAUCUUUAUUUCACGUCCUUGCUAUGGAGCACUGCUGUAGGAAACCUGAAGUAAACAUCUUUAGAUUGCAUCGAGAUUCAUCGUGAUGCUUUUUAUGCAAUGCUGACUUGUAACUAUCCUGCAACAGUGGUACUAGUCGACCAACAGGGCUUCUAAAAUAACCAGCGAGCUGAAUUUGAAAUGGCAGGUGUUUCAGAAGGUGCUAAUGGUAUUUGUUAGUGACUGCUGAAGCGGCGUGUAUGGAAACGUUCAAGCGCAAUAUUGAGAUCGCUGACUUGUGUGGAAUGAGCUAUUUAGCCAGACUUGAAGUUAAUCGAUGGAAUAGGAGUUGCCACAGUUGAUUUAUCAUCUUGUAUUGAGAUAUACACUUUAAGAAAUAAAGGUCCUGUAUUUGGAUCAGUGGGUCUGUGAAGAACCUUUAAAGGAAUAGUUUGCCCCAAAAUUUGAUGACAAUUUACUCUCAGGCCAUCCAAGUUCUCGAUCAGUUUGUUUCUUCUUCGGAACAGAUUUGGCAAUAUUUAGCAUUGCAUCACUUGCUCACCAAUGGAGUGAAUGGGUGCCGUCAAAAUGAGUGUCCAAAAAGCUGAUAAAGACAUCACAGUAAUCCACACCACUCCAGUUCAUCAGUAACAUCUUCUGAAAUCAAAAGCUGUGUGUUUGUAAGAAACAAAUCCAUCAUUAAGAGGUUUUAACUUUAAACUGUCACUUCUGGCCAAAAUGUCAGUAUUGUUAUCAAAAUCCUCUGAUAUAUUUGUUUACAAUUGUGUCGGUCUGUUUUUGCUUGUAAACUGUGCUUGAUCUGUGCAUAUUUCUCUCCUAAUUCCGUCUAGAUGACUUAUGUAAUUUUACAGAUAAAGGUCUCAUACUUUAGUCUCAAGAUCUCAAACAACAGUUUAAAGUUGAAAACACACAAUGGAUUAUUGUGAUGCUUUUAUCAGUUGUUAAAAGCUCUUAAAAGCAGUUGUUGAACUCUCAUUCUGAUGGCACCCAUUCACUCCAGAGGAUCCAUUGGUGAGCAAGUGAUCGCUAUAGAUCACUAUAGAUAUAAGAAUUAAAAAACUUCUUGUGUAAGAUUGUUUCUUGCACAAUAAAUUUUUACAAACAAAAUACAACAUUUCACAAUAGACAGAAUAAAUAAAGUAGAAUAAAAAAAAUAUCAAAUAAAAAAAAUUAUAUUUAUUAACCAUUUAUGGAUUUAAUGCUACAUUUCUCCAAUUCUGUUUUGAUGAAGAAACCAACUCAUCCCCAUCUUCUUGGAUGGCCUGAGGGUGAGUUAAUAUUUAGCAAAUUGUCCUUUUUGAGUAAGCUAUUCCUUCAGCAUCCAUUCUAGAAAAAGGUUCUUCAGAUUAUUAAAUAUUUUUCACACUAAGCUCUUUUAAGAACUGUUCAAAGAAAGGAACCCAAAAUUAAAUUGCUACAAAACCCCACUUUUGGGAUCUUUAUUUUUAAGAGUGAACAGACAGAAGAGGCUUCAGCAGUCACUUUAGAUUGGCGAGAGAAAUGAAUCAUCAUUCAUCAUCGUUCAGUGCUCCUGUUUCAGCAUGUUGGUGUUUUAACGGAUUCACACGGCCUCACCUCAAUCAUCGUUUCAGAUUUGAAGCAUUUAUUCUGAUUUUCUAAUGGCAACGUACAUCUUCUGAAACAGCAGUGUGCAGGAGCGUUUCUACACAGCCAACAUUUCUACUUUCUCCAUAGGAGGGCAGUUUGACACGUUUUGUAUGGUAGUCUGUGUUGAUCCAAAGACAGUGAUUUGAUUCGUGAUGUGUUUUGUUUUCUGCUUCAGUAUUUUACAAGCAGUCAUAAUGGUGUGUUUGUGAGUGUGAUUGUAACGGGGAAAGAGGUGGUGUGUCUGUUUCUUUAUGUAUAUGACUGUGUGACAUAUCACUCUGAUGGAAAAAAGAGAGGUUUAACUGUGGCAGUUACUUUUGUAAAUAUAUGACACAUUAUAGUUAUCUUAGCCUAGCUGUUUAAUUUGUGUGUCCAUGCAAGUUUAAUAUUUUAAAAAUAAAUAUAAAAUUGUGUCUCAGUUGUGUUAUAUGAAAAUGUAUUUAAACUAGAUAUCUUAAAUUGUUGUUUUAUCUUGUCAAAAGCUUCUAUGUUCUAUCAAUAAUGGUUUCUCUGGACCAUUUUAUAGAUUUGUCUGCACAAAAUGCAAUAAAGUUCAAGUUAUUUAUUACAAUUA